UUCAAAUCAAAUCUUAGUGUUGACUUCAUCUUUAAUUUAUGACUUUGGACUUCCUUUAUCUUAGGACUUCAUAGCAAAAAAGUUUGAAUCCAAUGAAUUCGAUCGCCAUUGCUGCUCUGCUUGCGAAUCGGAGCUAAGCUUUCUGAGAAUGGCUGACAACGAGAGCAAUGCAUCUUUGGAGAAGGAAAUAGAAAUGUCAAUUGAUGCAUUGGCUAGUACGGUUCAAGAGUCUUUCUCACUUUCAAAGAAGCAUAAGUUCUGGGAGACCCAACCGGUUAGCCAGUGCAACGAUCUUGGAGAUACGAGCCUGCUUGAAGGCCCGAUUCAACAGCCUACACCACUAUCUGAAGUCAAGCAAGAGCCGUAUAUUCUUCCAGCUGCCUAUGAAUUGGUUACAUGCGAUCUGGAUUCUGAGGAGGUGUAUAGUGAGCUUUAUACUUUAUUGACCAAUCACUAUAUUGAGGAUGAUGAUAGCAGGUUUAGAUUGAAUUACUCAAAAGAGUUCCUCAGAUGGGCACUUUGUCCUCCUGGUUAUUUCCGGAGCUGGCACAUCGGGCUAAGGGUUAAGACUUCAAAAAAACUGGUUGCAUUCAUUAGUGGGAUCCCUGCUAAAAUUCGUAUACGUGAUGCUGUAAUGCUGCUUGCAGAGGUCAAUUUUCUGUGUGUUCACAAGAAGCUCCGAUCAAGAAGGCUUACUCCAGUCAUGAUUAAGGAGCUUAGUCGCAGGGUGCGUUUGGAGAAUAUAUGGCAGGCGGCUUAUACUGCUGCCAAUGUUCUUCCAACACCAAUAGCCACUACUAUGUUCUGGCACAGGACAUUGAAUCCAGAGAAGCUAAUCGAUGUUGGGUUUGAUAGACUUGAAGCUUGGAUCACCAUGGCCCAGUAUAUCUACUUUUACAAGCUACCAGAGGAUACCACGACUCCUGGCUUCAGAAAGAUGGAACCCCACGAUGUUCCUGCUGUCACUCGUUUGCUUAGGAAUUACUUGAAACAGUUUGUUGUGGCACCAGAUUUUGAUGAGAAUGAAGUUGAGCACUGGAUGCUUCCCAAGGAAGGUGUCAUGGAUGCUUAUGUGGUCGAAAGCCUGGAAAGUCACGAAAUCACUGAUUUCUGCAGUUUUUACACUAUUUCUUGUUCUAUAUUUGGUAGUCAGAACCAUUCAGUUCUCAAGGCGGCGUAUUCCUAUUACAACGUAUCCACCAAAACUCCCUUACUCCAAUUGAUGAGAGAUGCUCUCGUUGUUGCCAAGAAGAAGGAUUUCGACGUUUUCAAUGUGUUGGAUAUUAUGCACAACAGGACAUUCUUUAAACAGCUCAAGUUCGGCCCGGGAGAUACGAAACUUCAUUACUAUAUCUACAACUAUCGGCUAAAGCACGUGCUAAGACCAUCUGAGCUUGGCCUAGUACCCUUCUAGAUUCAUCGGUCAUGCUGCCCCGGGCAAGCAUUUUGUAUGUGUAAGUUUUGUCUCUGUUCUUGGAAGACAAGUUGUGCUGCUACCUUUGGUAUCUCUACUUGGUUUCAAACCAAAAAAUUUAGAUGAAUUUUGUGAUUAAACAUUUGUAUGUUGCUUGUUAUCAAACUGAUAUACUGUAGUUGGUGAAUCAUUUAUCAGUUAAA